CAGGCACACAUUAAUGUCAGGAAGAGCAGUGUGGCUGUAUGGACACCGACAGGCUCUCGUGCAGAAGGCUGCCUGAUGUGUUGGGAAAGGGUGUGCUGCAAGUCCAAGAAUGCAGUUGAAGCACAGUGGUUAUUUUUGUGUGUGUGGGAGGACCAUGACAUCUCGCAGCCUGGGCCUGCCUGGGGAGGGACCUGAGAUGGGAAGAGGCAGCUUAGGAGUUAUUGUAGACAAAAGAACAAAACAAGCCCUGGACUGGCAGCCCUGGAUGCUAGUGUGGUGGCUGUGGCCAGCGCCUGUGCCUCCUGCAGUGUUGGCUUCCUCCAUACACCUGCUAGGCUUGGGGAAAGUCUGAGACCUUACCUGGAGUACUGGGUCCAACUCUGGAGAUCUCAGCACAAGGACAUGGAACUGUUGGAGCAGGACCAGGGCUGCCAUGAAAAUGAACUGAGGGCUAGAGCACCUCCCAUACAAAGACGGGCUGAGAGAGUUGGGGUUGUUCAGUCUGGAGAAGAGAAGGCUCCGAGAAGAUCUUAUAGCAGCCUCCAGUAGUUCAAGGGGGCUUCAGAAAAGCUGGGGGCAGACUUUUUAACAGGGCCUGUUAUGACCAGGACAAGGAAUAAUAGUUUUAAACUAAGGGAGGGUAGAUUUAAACUGGAGAUAAGAAAUUUUUACAAGAGGGUAGUGAUAACACUGGCACAGUUUGCCUAGUGAAGUAGUGGAGGCCCCAGCCCUGGAAACAUUCAAGGUCAGGUUGGGUGGGGCUCUGAGCAACCGGGCCUGGUUAAAGAUGUCCUUGCUCAUGUAGGGGGAUUAGACUAGAUGACCUGUAAAGGUUCAUUCCAACCUAAAGCAUUCUACGAUUCUAUGAUUAAGUCCCCUGUGAGGACCUCCUGUGGCUCUCUGGGCUUCUCCUCCAGCAGUCCUGAGCUGUGCUGAGCCCAGAAAGCUUGUCAAACCAUCAGGCAUGGCGUAUGAGCUGCUUGCCCAAGGGUGUACCUGUGGGUUUUUGUGGGGAGCUGCUUCAGGGCUUGUUCCAGUGGGGAACUGAGGUCGCUGCCACAACCCCCAGUCCGUGUGACAAUGCACCCAGGAGCACACGUGACAGGUCGACUGACUGUGCUGUGAGCCUGCACCAGACCAUGCUUAUGGGUCUGUCUGAGAUGGAGCUGUGCUGCAGAUGGGUUGGACUCAGCAAGGCUCAAGCUGUACUGCUCCAUGCUGUGCUGCCUGUUGCCUCCUCUGCUGGGCCGCUCUGCCUAUAUUGCUUGCAUGACUAUGGUCAUUAUUAUCCUGGCUGUGGCAAUUGCCCUGAUCAUCGGGUUUGGUGUCUCAGGAAAACGUUCCAUUAGCGUGACUACACUGACAUCUCCAGGGAACAUUGGCCAGCGUGGUGUCCUAGGCUGUACUUUUGAGCCUGACAUCCGGAUGGGCAACAUAGAGAUCCGUUGGGCCAAGGCAGGAAUAGCUGGGCUGGUUCAUGAGUUUAAAGGUGGGAAGGACCACUUGCAAGAGCAAGAUGCAUCAUUUCAGGGCCGCACGGCGGUGUUUGCAGACCAGGUGAUCAGCGGCAAUGCUUCUCUGGAGUUAAAGGACGUGCAGCUCUCCGACGCUGGCACCUACUGGUGCUCUGUCACCACGGCCAGAGGGAGCGGAGCGGCAGUGCUACAGUACAGGACAGGAGCAUUCACCAUCCCCAAGGUCCACGUGGAGAAUCACAGCAGCAGGGACACGCUGCAGUGCGAAGCACCACGUUGGUUCCCUCGACCCUCUGUGCACUGGAUGGCUUGCAGCGACUCUGGGGAGUACCUACCUCACGUUGCAAACACCAGCUAUGAACUGAAUGCCGAAAACAUCACUCUGAAAGUGGUUUCCUUCCUGCACAACAUUACUGCUAAUGCCACCUACACUUGCGUGAUUGAAAACAACAUUGCCAAGGCUACAGGCAACAUCAAAGUGACAGAUUUCAGCAUUACAAGAGGGACAAACCUACAGCUAAUGAACCCAAAUGCAGAGACAGCGUCCUCCUCCCUUCCAUCCUUUCCCUGGAUGCUUCUGCUUCUCCUCUGUCUUCUAUCAAUAUAAAGCCCCAUAACAGCUGGAAACU